ACACACGGAAGGAAGAGAUUACCGUCUUCGGUCGGCUGCUCAUCCUUCAGCUCCAUGUUCACCUGAGGCGAAAAGAUCCUCGGUGCGAAGGCUCCAGAAGUCCCGCGUUGACGAUGGCCGCUCAGUGACCCGCCCGCCGCUCCGAUGGAGGCUCCGGUAACCGCCGCUUCCCCUCCUCCAAACUCCUCCUCGACGCCGCUGCGUCCGGCCGUGGCCCCGUCCGUCCAGCUGGGCUUCACCACCCUCUACACCGCCCUGUACGGCGGCCUGUUCCUGGUGGUGUACGUGCAGCUGUGGCUGCUGUUCGUCUACAAGCACAAGCGCUGGAGCUACCAGAGCCUGUUCCUGUUCCUGUGCCUGCUCUGGGCCGGCCUGCGCACCACACUCUUCUCCUUCUACUUCCACAACACGGCCCAGGCCAACCACCUGCCUGCCGCCGCCUUCUGGCUGCUCUACUGCUCCCCCGUGUGUCUGCAGUUCUUCACCUUCAGCCUCAUCAACCUCUACUUCACCCAGGUUUUCCUGAAGAUCAGCGCAGCCUCAGACACAAAGCUAUGGGUGGCCCGGUGCGCCUACGCAGCCAUCAGUGUGAUCUUCCUUUGCAUCAACGUGACGUGCGCCGCUCUGGGGGAGCGAGGCAGCAGUGGAGAGAAGGGCAAGCGCACCUGGAAGCUGGUGUUGGUCAGAGUGAUCGUCAACGACCUGCUGUUCAUCAUGGAGGCCGUGCUGCUGGCCGCCACGCUGCUGCUGCUCACCAGGCAGCCGCGCUCCUUCAGCCCAUACCUCAUGAGCAAGGGAACCACGGUGUGCCGCACUGCGGUUCUGGGAGCCGCGGUCAUCUUACUGUUCUUCAGCCGGGCCUGCUACAACCUGACCGUCCUCUUCCUCUCCCAGAGCUACAAGGUGGAGUCCUUCGACUACGACUGGUACAACGUCUCCGACCAGGCUGACCUGCAGAGUGAACUCGGCGACAGAGGCUACCUGGCGUUCGGUGCCAUCCUCUUCAUCUGGGAGCUGCUCCCUACCAGCCUCCUCAUCCUCUUCUUCAGAGUCCGCCGGCCCACUCAGGAGACCAGCAGCUUGGACAUCAACAACAGGGUUCUUCCUCGUCCGUACUUCUUCGAUGACCCGGAAGGCAGCGAUGAUGAAAUACCGGCUCCGUGGGCUCGCAGCCCCGCUCAGAACCAAAGCUGGUACGGAUCGGAGACUGCGCCCCUCCUGUUUGCCAACAACCCUGCAGACCAGAGCCACCAGCACCACUCGUUCUACUCCACCCCUCAGAACUGAAACCAAACCCUCAUUCGCUGUCGAAUUUUUACCUCACCUAGACAAUGACCUCAGGGGGACGAGAACCGCGUGUGCAGCUGCCGCCCAGCAGUACCGCCCACUCUGUGGUUGAAAUUGCACUGAAAAACCUCAGGAAAGCUACAAAGAUGCACCUUGUAUUAUUAUUAUUAUUAUUAUUAUUUAGAUAUUUUGACGCUUUCUCAGCUUAAAGGGAACAUUUUUGGUGGGAGAGGACCUGGUGAACUUCGUGAGGGUCAAACAUUGUUUAUUUAUUUGCUUACUGACUGUGAAUACAGGAGCUAAACUGACACUUCGUAUUACAUUCCUGGAUGGACUCAAACCAUCUUAGUUGGUAACUACUAAGCAUGGAGAGCUGCUUAGAAAAGUGGCAUUUAUUAAAUACGAUGUGGUGCAUCUGAAACUGAUUACAAUACAAAGGAUAUGAUAUUUACUACUGUCUGAAGAAGUUUUAUUGUUGCUGACGUUCAUGUUUCUUAUUUCCAUCCUUGGCGUUGCUGCAGAUACUUUGGGUGUAGUUUGUUUCUGGGGCAAUAACUCGUGUUUGUUUAGGGUUGGGUUUUUUUUUUUACUCCCGAGUUCAUGUGUUUGAUUGGAUGUUUUAAUUUAUUUAUCUUUCACAAAAUGUUUUUUUUUUUAAAUUAAUAUCUCAUUUGAAAAGAACCUUUGCAACAAUGCUGCCCGGACUGACACCGGUCCCAUCUGCAACAACCCAAUAAACACUUUUGACAUAAACCUGCUUGUCUUGUUGCUAGGCAGAACAGCUUCCUGGGAGGCAGCCUGUUGGUUCUGAUGAAUCUGUGAUCAAAUCUAGUUUUCUUUUUUACCUCAUCACUGCACUUGCAUUGAAACCUUUCAAUGCAACAAAUCCAUCAAAAUGAAGUUAGAAAAGUAAUGUAUUAACAAGAGAAGGAAUUAUAUUUCAAAAAAAGAUUAAGGAUAAUCUGUCACAGACGCCUAGUUACACUGUUAGGAAAGGAAUAAUUAUUCCAUGUUCAGAAAAAAUUAUUUUAAAUUCACCAGUGGCACAAUCAUUUAAAAUAAACGUUUAAAAGUAUUUAUUACUUAAUCAUUUUACCUUUACGAAAGCUCUUUAGUCCGCAAAUUCUUAAAAUUAAGGCUUUAACCGGUAUUAAGUUCAUUUUUAAAAGGGAAGUUGAACUUUGAAAUAUCAAUAUAAAAUUUUGUCUUGACAGGACUAUUUAAUCUCGUAUCCUGUGUAUUUUUCUCGCGGGACAGAAAAGUCCCGCGAGAAAGUUUGAGUCAUCUUCGUUGCGUAACUGUGACUCCAGACGGUUGAUGCUAUAGCUAGGUUUUUCCGUCUCUUCGUGGGUUGGCGCUAAUUUGUGGUCAGUUGAAUGGACAAAGUUUAUACAUUUCUGUACUAACUUAAAUAGGAUUCAUAAUGGACUUUAAAAAGUCUGAGUUGGUGAAACCUCCAAAAACCGUGUUAGAGAAGGAAGGAGCCCCGAGAACAACCAUCAAAUGCUACCUACAUGGUCAAAAAUAAAUAAAUCAUUUUUCUGCCUCAACAUCAAACGGAAAAAAAUUGUUUGAUUACGGAUCUUUGUACCUUCAUUAAAUGAGAGCAAGGUCGAGCUUUUUCUGCAAUUAAUACUAGGCCGUCGUUGGUUCUUUCACCAGGAUAAUUAUUAAAUACUUAGAAAGAAAUAAAAUACAAACUGUUGAAAAAGUAUCCACGCCUUUCACUGCCUGUAAA